AUGACUAUUUUAAGUAUCGGGAGGAGACUCUUUACAUCUACGGUAAAUGUCAAUGUGCGUUUGAAAAAGGGUCAAGAUUCGGUCAUUCCGCACUAAAAGCACAUACUGCACCUUUUGGGGGAAUCAAGCCCACGCCUCCCGUAACGACACAGUCCAGUGGACUUUUUGGAAUUAAACCAAUGCACUCACCUCCCGUAACGACACAGUCCAGUGGACUUUUUGGAAUUAAACCAAUGCACUCACCUCCCGUAACGACACAGUCUACUAUGUUUGGAUCUGAUUUGUUUGGAGGAUCCGAUCUUUCUGAAAAGCCACUGUUUAAUAAAGGUGUCAAUAAGUUUGGAAGUACAGUGUAUAAUAAUUGUCAACAUUGCAAUAAUAAAGAUCAAAAUAAUAUUUACACUCCACCAGAUUAUUGCUUUUGUAAUGUUAUUUUGGAAGGAGAGCUAGAUCUUAAUGACUUUGUUAAUUUGCAAGUAUUACAUAUUGAAGGUAGUGAGCAUAACAAGGAACAGCAACAAAAGUUAACAAAGUUGAAGAUUGAGAGAUGUAUUGAGUUAACUUCUCUCACGAUUAGCCAUACAACCCUUGGUUAUUUAAGUUUCGGUAGUAAACCAAAAUUAGAACGCCCUAAUUUUGUUGGAAACAAAAGACUUAUUUUUUGUGAUAGUGUCUUAAGAGAUCAAGUAGAAAGAUUAACCAGUUUGAUCCGAGCUACUAAAGUUAUUAGUUUUGGAGAUUUAAAAUUGGAACUUAAGAAAAUAGAAGAAGAAAACUUUGAGUACCAGGUAGAUGUUAUGAAAAGUCAGUUGGAUGAAGGUAAUCAAUUGUGGUUAGAGAGUUUAGUAGAAGCACAACAAGAAGUUUUACAGAAUAACAGCACUUAUGCCCGUAAACAAUUAGAAAAAUGUAAAAAAAAAUUAACAGAGGUGCUAACCGCUGAAGAAAUCCAAGAUAUUUUGGGUAAAAAAGUAGAAAUUAAUGAAUUAGGAAUCCAAUUAAAUAAACUCAACAAAUUAUCUUUAAGCAAUUAA